AUGUCGCGUGUUCCGCCAUUCGUCCUGACCGCCGACGUCAUCGCCGUGCCGUGCACAGGUUCGAUCCCUCGGAACGCGCCGCACUUCUCAACGCCGCCUCGUAUCAGGAGUCUGAGAUUGCCGCAUUUUGCAUUCGUUGUGCGAAAGUCGCGCCAAGAUGACGCGAUGGACUUCCUGGAAGAGCGUACGCGGCAGAAGAAGCGCCGAGCCGUGCGCAUGCUUGUCAAGAUCAGUUGGCGAGGUCAGCGACCACGGAACCAACCUCAACCUCUCCCGUUCUCCGUCGUUUGCAAACUCGAAAUCCACUCCGGUGUUCACCAUACCCACGAGUCGUUGAAGUCGAACUGGCGAAGUGAAUACGGUUGGUUCGACCCGUACAACAAGACGAACCAGCUGCCCAGCGACACGGGUGGCCACGGCACUCACGUCAUGGGCAUCAUGGUGGGAACGAAAGGUAUUGGUGUCGCUCCCAAAGCCAAGUUGAUUGCGUGCAAAGGGUGCGAGGAUGGGUGCAAUCAGCGUAAGGUGGUGGAAUGCGGUCAAUUCCUGCUUUGUCCCCACAACAACGACGGCAACAAAUGCGACCCCAGCAAGGCCCCUCAUGUGAUCAACUUGAGCCUUGGACUGUACAGCGCGAACUUAUAUUUGGAUGAGUUGAUUAAAAAGUGGAGAGCAGCGGGAAUCAUUCCCGUGUUGUCGAACGGCAACGACGGCCGUAAAGGCUGUUGGCAUUCAGGUUAUCCUGGCAUAUCCCCUCAAGUGAUUUCUGUCGGCAACACUGACGCUAACGAUUUUUUGUCGUUCGAUUCAAGUUUGGGACCUUCCUUCGUGAACGAUAAACUCGUCAAACCCGACAUUUCUGCUCCUGGUAAGCGCAUCCGUUCCGUAGUACACUCCAGUAACGAUGGUAUUACGUGGAAAACUGGCUCGAGCAUGGCCACGCCUCAUGUUUCUGGAGCCAUCGCCUUGCACUUGUCUGCCAACAAAGGCGCCUCGUACGAACAAGUGUACAGGGCCCUGACCGAGAGUGUGGACACGGACACGUUAACUCCACCCAACAAGACCUGCAGUGGCAUUCCCAACACGCAGUAUCCCAACAACCUCUUUGGCCACGGCCGCUUGAACAUCUUCAACGCCGUGGCUGCUAGCAUCCGCGGCCUGACUCUUGCCCCGCCAUCCGAGUCCACCCAAGUCCUGAACCCGACCGAUGACCUAAGCACGUGUGGCACCUUGGAAGACAACACGCACUAUGUUGGCGGCGACUUGGCUUCGGUCAAUCUGGCGACUGCUGAAUCCUGCUGCGCUGAAUGUAAAAAGACACCGGGAUGCAAAGUGUUUGUGUGGUACAGCCUCAACGGUGGCUUGUGCCGGCUCAAAGACACCCAAGGCCGAAAGGUGGCUGUGGACGGAGCUAAGGCGAGCGUGCUACCAGCCCCAGCCUCGGGAUGA